AUGGCCGAACAAACAGCAGCUAAGAAGAUCAAGACUUCCUCGCCCUUGAUUGGCACCCACAACGGCCACUUCCACGCCGACGAGGCCUUGGCUGUUUACCUCUUGCGCCUUCUGCCCGGCUACGCCUCUUCUCCCCUUGUUCGCACCCGUGACCCGGCCCAGCUGGAGGCAUGCCACACCGUGGUGGACGUCGGUGGAGUAUACGAUGCCGCCACCCACCGCUAUGAUCACCACCAGCGCACCUUCAACACCGUCUUCCCCAAGCACAACACUAGGCUGUCCUCCGCUGGUCUUGUAUACAUGCACUUUGGCUGCGCAAUCAUCGCCCAGCACAUGUCGCUGCCGGAGGACCAUGCCGAUGUCGAGCUGAUUCACAACAAGCUGUACACUGACUUCAUCGAGGCCAUCGAUGCCAACGACAACGGAAUCCCAGCUUAUGACCAGACAGCCGUGGCCGCUGCCAACCUGGAAAAGCGCUUCAAGGACUAUGGCGUCACCCUCGCUUCCAUCGUCAACGAUAUGAACAACCCCGACCCGACUAGCCCGCCCGGCGAGCCCCAGGACGAGGAUAGCCUCUUCAGCCGCGCCAGCACGCUCAUCGGCACUGUCUUCGCGCGCAAGCUCCACCACGCCGUUACCUCGUGGAUGCCCGCCCGCGCCACCGUUUGCAACGCCUACAUCUCCCGCACCGAGGCCCACCCCUCCGGCCGCAUCAUGGUGCUGCCCCAAGGUGGCGUGCCCUGGAAGGAGCACCUGUACAACUUUGAGCGCGAGGCCUCGGCCGGCGCGGAGUCUCAGGUCUACUACGUUCUCUACCCCGAGAGCGCGGCCGAGGACUCCAAGUGGCGCGUGCAGUGCGUGUCCGUCUCGGAGAGCAGCUUCGAGUCCCGCAAGCCGCUUCCCGAGGCGUGGCGCGGCGUGCGUGACCAGGAUCUGGACGGUGUCUUGGCCGCUGAGGCCGAGAAGAAUGGCCUGGCCAAGCUCCCCGAAGGCGCGAUCUUCGUUCACGCCAGUGGCUUCAUUGGUGGCCACAAGACUAAGGAGGGUGCUAUGGCCAUGGCUGUGCGCAGUCUGGAGUAA